UCUCACUCAUGUGCUAUUUUGUGACGACUACAGAAUAACAAGGACAUUGUCCUCGGCUUUGACGAAGGUAAAACUCCAACAUGAACCCCUUAACAAGUGGGAAAAUACAAGUGGGAAAAUACAGGAUAUUAAAAGUCCAGUAUAUCCCGCCGAAUAUUGUAUCCCUGACCACGCUUCGAGCAACUUUCUGUGAUCAACAUCCUCUAAUCAGCCUUCUCUCGAGUGUCCUAACAUCCCAUCAGCCUCCUCUAGGAAGCACCCCAAAACCUACAGCCACUUACAAUGGCACCCACUCAUAUUCGCGUCAAGAACGUUGAUGAUGACCGUGAUGGAAAGGUUUUCACGAUCACCUACCAGGAUGCCAUGCAGAGUGGAAUCCUCAAGGACCUGAUCAGCGACUUUGAAGACGCAAGCUUUGUCGACACCAUUCCACUGACGGGAAACAUCAGCGACCACACUCUCAGCCGCAUCAUCAGCUGGCUCAUGAUCCACUCGGGCGACGUCGCUCGCGCCACGGAGCAGGUCAAGGAGUUCCUGGGAAACCCUCAGAACCGCCAGCCCCCGACCGGCCUUGGCAUGGAUGAGGACGCCGUGAACAAGGCUCUCAGCUCGCAGGAGCGCACUCUGGUCGCCGAGAAGCUCAAGACGCUGACGCCGUGGGACGUUCAGUUCUUCGAGGUGCCCACCGACGAGGUCUUCGACAUUCUGAUUGCGGCCAACUACCUCGACAUUCAGCGCCUCGUCAACAUCGCCAGCCAGACGGUCGCCAAUAUGAUCAAGGGCAAGACCACGGAGCAAAUCCGCGACCUGUUCGGCAUCGUCAACGACUUCACCCCCGAGGAGGAGGACGAGCUGCGCCGCACUGAGGGCUGGGCUCUGCCCCACUGCGACUGGACUUCUGAGCAGUGGCAAUAAGUGUUGCCACCCCCUCCCUCCUCCCUCUUCCCUCUCUAUUCCUUUCUUCCUGUUUUGGCUUGUUACUUCUAGGUAAGUGGUCCCCAUAUUCCAUCUAGACAGCUGACUUAGACACAUUUGUGUCAUGAAUAGAGCAAGAUACAGAAAGAGCGAGAUACAG